GCAAAUCGCUUUCGGUUUAUUUGAGAGUCGAGUUUUCCUUUGCAAAGCAGAUUGUAUUUGUUUGUGAAAUGGUUCAUUUAUUUGUUUAAUUUCGGCACUUUUUUUAAUCUCCAUAGGUAGUUUCGCUUGUUUCCGACGUUUAUUAGCACAGUGACAGUCCUCUUGUCUGCGCAAUUCUUUUGCGGACUUGGUUAUCUAAAUCAUGCCCAUGAACUCGAGUUACCGUAACUACUUCCGGUUCACGUCUGCGUUUACUAAGAGCAUGACAGAGGUUAAAUAGCUAUGUAUUAACACAGUCAUUGAAGAGUAGAACUGUAUUGAAUUACGUUGCGGAUUACGUUGUGAGUAGAUGUUUUCGGGUUUGGUAUUAUUUUUGAGAUUACCCAGGGACUUUUUUUUAGAUAGUAAAACGUAAGAAAUUUAGAGCGCAAACUAGAUUACCCAGUGCAGCCACUACACAUGAUCAGGCUGCAGAGAACCUGCUGGUCUGCUACAUUAGUUCCCAUAUAUUUUAGUUACACAGUAACUUCCCAGUGCAAACUUCAACUCCAGCGCAAUGAUUCUGCGGUGUGUUAUAAUUACUGCUCGGUGUUUUGUUGGGGCUGCGCGGUCACUACAAGCCCCGUCUAACCUGUUCUGUUCAUCGAGAAACAUAUCACGACAAGCUGAUCACCUUGAAAGGACAGCUAGUGUUUACAGACAAAAGGCCAUGUUCUCGGCACGUGUUUGUGCCAUUACAGAUGAGUCAGACAAAGUGAAGAGGCUGCAGCUGGAGGUGCCGCAUCCUGAAUUUAGUUUCCAUGCUGGCCAGUGGGUGGACUUUUUCAUCCCAGGUAUGGAGAAAGUGGGUGGCUUUUCCGUGUGCUCCAGCCCAGGCCUUCUGCACCGAGAACGAGUUAUAGAGCUGGCAGUGAAAUACACACAGCACCCACCUGCACACUGGAUACACACUAAGUGCACAUUAGGCUCGCAUGUGGAAGUGCGAGUUGGGGGGGAUUUUUAUUUCGACCCCAAACCAUCUGAUCAUACAGUGGACCUGCUACUGGUGGCUGGUGGCGUUGGUAUCAACCCCCUUUACUCCAUACUAAUGCACACUGCAGAUCUACUCCGACUGCCACACACAUACAGACCAGGACACACACACCUCUGUUACAGUGCCAAGAACACAACGGAGCUGCUUUUCACAGAUAGCAUCAUUGGUGUUUGUCGGGAAUUUCCAGAUAAAUUCUCAUGUGAGUUCCGAGUGACGCGGCAAGAUUUUGAAAUCAAGCCAGGCCUCCAGUCCUACACAACCAGUGGAAAAAUAUCACAGGAGGUGCUGAGGCAUCACGUUAACCCUGGGCGCACAUUGUGUUAUUUGUGUGGGCCGCCACCCAUGAUUGAGAGUGUGAGUAGGGACCUGCAAAAUCUUGGCCUGCCUAUGGACAGAAUCCUAUAUGAGAAGUGGUGGUAGGUCUCCAGUCCAUCAAGUGCCUCUGGGGCUUGAAAGAGGACCAUCAGAACAGAUAUUUUAUUUUUGAAAUUCAUAACUACACAACUGGACAACUUUACCUGUGCAAUACAAUGUUUCUUCCUCUACAAACAACAGCUUACUUAAUACUAUCACAGGUUAUUAUUCAUUCAUGGUCAUAUCAGGUUAUAUAUAAAAAUAAUACAUUUUUAAAAAAACCCUGAUUUUUAUUUCCUAUUAAAACAGUGUUUUCAUACUGGAAUUUAAAUAUGUGUAAAACAAAUUUUCUUCUUGUGUUAAUGAAUACAGUCACAUAAUACUGUUUUAACAUGUGAACAAAAGAUCUGUUUUUUUCCUCUUUUAUAGUUUUUUGCAAAAUUGCUUACAGAUAUUUCUGUGUCUCAGUGGCUAAUGCAUUAACAUGUUUUUCAAAACGAUACACACAUUUCCCAAAUCCCUGUACUGCUUUCAGACCUCAAUUCCACAACAGUGGGCUGAAUGAUAGUAAGUCAAAAUAAAACACUGACUCCAAAACCAUAAACACAUUUUCACAAAAUAUCAUGCUCAAUCAGCAUUUGAAUUUCUACAUCAAACAGUUUUUUCCCCUGGACACUGAUUUUUUUGAGGGGUGUGGAGUAGGAGCAGGUAGGCUUCUUGUGACCUGCUCCCUGUAGGUUAUUCAGGUGUUGAAUGUGGAUGAAAUAGGACAUUUGGUUACGUACAUUCACUUUCCACUUUAAUAGGAAAACACCUGAUCAUUCAUGCAGUUACCUAGUCAGCCAUGUGGUAGCAGCACAAUGUAUAAAAUCAUGUAGAUACAGGUAAAGAACUUCACUUAAUGUUGACAUCAAACAUCAGAAUGUAGAAAAAAUGUGAUCUCUGUGGCGUGGUUGUUGGUGCCAAAUGGGCUGGUUUGAGUUUUUCAGAAACUGCUGAUCUCCUGGGAUUUUCACAAACAACAGUCUCUAGAGUUUACACAGAAUGGUGGAAAAAAAACCCAACAACAUUGAGUAAGCAGAAGUUCUGUGGGUGGAAAUACCAUGUUGAUAAGAGAGGAAAAUGGCCAAAUCUGAGCUACAGUGGUUGCAUAGAGUGACACAAAAGUGAGUACACCCCUCACAUUUUUGUAAAUAUUUGAUUAUAUCUUUUCAUGUGACAACACUGAAGAAAUGACACUUUGCUACAAUGUAAAGUAGUGAGUGUACAGCUUGUAUAACAGUGUAAAUUUGCUGUCCCCUCAAAAUAACUCAACACACAGCCAUUAAUGUCUAAACCACUGGCAACAAAAGUGAGUACACCCCUAAGUGAAAAUGUCCAAAUUGAGCCCAAUUAGCCAUUAAGCCAAUAAGACCACUGGUUUUCAAAAGGGUUCAAAGCUGGAGAUACAGUCAUGUGAAAAAUUAAGUACACCUCAUGGAAAUUGUUGGUUUUUCUGACAUGUUCGGACAAGCAAACAUUUGAUCAUCUUUGAAACAGUGCCUAUUAAUGAAGUUGAUAUACUUGAACAUUUAUUCAACAGAAAUAUCAAUAGAUACUUCAAAAAAUAAAUAUACCCUUGGAAGUCAUUUGAAAUCUGUGCCAUUUGUAGAGGAUUUUCCUUACAGUGGAAUGAUGCAUUUCAAAUAAUUUGGAGAUAUUUUCCUUGCCAGACUCAUAGGCAUCCACAACCUUUUUUCUGAAGGCCUUAUAGAACUCUUUAGAUCUUGGCAUGAUGAUACCACACACCUCAAUAGCAAAGGGAACACCAAACACUAGAUAUGAGAGGGGUAUAAAUAAGACCGGUUCCACCUGCACUCCCUAAGCAGGUUCUAAUCACUGGCACCCAAUAUUGAACACCUGAUUCUAAUUUUAUGGAUUUAAAGGUGUGAUAAAUGUAGGGGUGUACUUACUUUUUUCAUGUGACUGAUCU